CAAUUGCCAACUUCAACAAAUCCACUUCCAUUCACUUCCACUUCUAUGUACAUCCCAUUCAUCUCGGCCAGGACCCCGCGAUCCAUGUGAUACGACACGAAACGAUACGAUAUACGAUACCAUCUUGAUUUACUAUAAUACACCGCGAACCGUAUUUACCCCUGACACCUAACUAUAGGUGUACUUCCAUCCUUCACGAGGAGACAUACCUGUAUGAGGAAAACAGGAGGAAUCCCUCGAUCGAACCAAAGAACCUGCCCAUAUAGCUACGUCCCCACCAAAUAAAUGAAAUAGGUGCAGAACUCGACAUCAUACUAGGUAGCUUCUACGUGCCGGCCAAGCUACCACGCCGAAUGCAUCACUGCCACCAUGUCCAACCGAUAUGGCGGAUCAUUCCGCAAUGGCAAUGGCAAUGGCUCUGCUGCUAGACCAGAUGCCGAUUACGAUCCUUUUGGCGAUGGCUACGGAAGUGAUCGCUUUGCCGCUCCUGCUCGCCAACCGAAUCCUCGAAGGACACCACUCGAUUCUUCCCGAGGUGCCGGAAGUACUUCUCUAGCAUCUAGAGCCCAACGUGUGGAUGAGACAAACGCCGAGCGACAGAUUAGCCAAGUCCUUGAACUCAUCAAGGCCGAAUGGCCUGCCAUGGUCCAGAACGACUGCAUACCCGUAUCACUCGCUCUUCAGUUAUUAGAUAACAGCUCCGUCGGUCGAGCACACGAAUAUCGAGAUUUCAAGAAAACACAUCAAUACUUGCAGGAUUCACUCAAAAAUAUUGUACACGAGCAUCAUCAGGGUUUCAAUAGUUCCAUUGGUACCUUCCACAAGAUCCAAGGGAGCAUACAGUCCUCCCAGAAACGGGUUCGCCAUUUGAAGGAUUCCCUGACCGCCUCACGAACGAACCUCUGCAUAACAGACCCCGAACUGAAAAAAUUAUAUCGGACAUCGCAGAUGUAUGACGAUGUACUGCAGACGCUGAACGAGCUGGAAGAUCUGCGAACAGUGCCAGAUCAACUCGAGGCUCGCAUAUCGGAGAAGCGAUUUUUGACUGCCGUUGAGGUCCUGCAAAAUGCAUUGCGAAAACUGCGAAGACCGGAACUAGAUGGUAUUGGGGCCCUGAGCGACCUGAGAAGCUAUCUUGCCAACCAAGAGACCGCGUUGAUGGAUAUCUUGAUUGAAGAACUCCACGAGCACCUAUACUUGAAGUCGCCAUACUGCCAGGAGCGAUGGCAGAAUCUGGCCAAGAAUCAGGGUGCUUAUAACGAAAACUACAACUCAGGCGUGUUAACCCCCUUCCACCUGGUCCUGGAUACGAUGGACCUCGAACAACCAGUUACUGAAGACCCGGCAAAAAAUCCCGAAUCAGAUACGUUCUACUAUGUCAGCCUUGUUGUUGAGUCCCUCAAUAAACUUGGACGGCUGGAAAGUGUGGUUGAUACCUUGAAGCAACGGCUCCCGGUUGAGCUGUUCUCUAUCGUGAAUGAGACAAUUAAUGAAGUUGACCAGAGACAUCCCAGCUCAUUAAGAGGUGGCUCGGGCAACACGCAAGGCUUACAAAUGUAUGGCAGCAGAGAAACCCAAAUGCGUGCAGAUGUCAUCUACGAUCUUUUAUGGACGUUGUUUGGCAAAUUCGAAGCGAUUGCUGAAGGACAUCGAGUCUUUCACGAGGCAAUCAAGGCGCUUAUACGACGAGAGGGUGCUGGUAACAACAGCACCCUUCUUGGGAGCUUUAGGGAGCUGUGGAACCUUUACCAAAAUGAAAUACGUGCCCUUCUUCACAAUUAUGUCACGACAGACGCAGACCUCUAUCAAUUCCAGACGUCCGUGAGACAAGGAGGAAUGCUUAACGGUGGCAUGGAUACAUCCAGGGAGCAUCUCUUCAAGUUCUCUGAAGCAGACCCCAAGUCUGUCGAGAUGACAACCGAGUACGAAGCGCUUGACAGCAUCAUACGAGCUGCAGUGCCCGGCCUCACGUCUGCCUCUCGAAAAACAACGAAUUUGGACAAAAGAGCAGCCGGUAGAGAGGCGAGGAAGAGCGCAUACGCGGGAGCUUAUGACCGCAGGAACGUACCCGGCUCCUAUAAGUCGCUUGUGGAACCAAGCGUAUUCAACAUGAGUCUUCUACUACCCCCAACUCUGGUUUUCUUACAACGCCUGAAAGCAAUUGUUCCCCCUGGCUCGGACUUGGCUGCGAGCACUCUGACAUCGUUCUUGGAUAAUUUCCUGGUCAAUGUUUUCCAGCCGCAGUUAGAUGAAACCCUGAGUAAGCUGAGCGACUCUGUAUUUGGAGAAACAGAUUCGUUCCAACAAGAUCCGGACUGGGCUUUGGUAGCCCGUCGUCCUAUUUUUAAGGGGACGGCCGCCUUCUUUGCAGUUAUUACCGCUUUCUGCCGCAUGCUCGGGACAAUUCCACAUGAUCAGGCGCUAAGUUCUCUGAUUAUUUCUCAGAUGGUCAGGUACUACGAUCGAUGUUUUAUAUGGUUUAAGUCCCUGGUUGCUAAAGCUCAAGAGCCGUCUACGGCACCGCAGUCGUUGCGGUAUUCCGCUGAGCUUGCCAUUGGAGAAGGAGAUCUUCAGGAGACGGUCAAAAGACUCUGGGCCUCGGACGAACUUGAAGAUGAUCUUAUAGAGAAGGAAGUCGUAUUGCUUAUUAAGCAUGCCAAUGAACGGUCUCUUGAGCCAAACGAUGUUAUCCAAGACCGCGACGUUAUUUCCUCCUUGUGUCUACUGUAUACGAGUAUGAAAUGGCUAUCGGUGAGGAUUGUUAGUUUGCGACACAUCACUCAUUUCGACACCGAUUCUUCUCGGCCUACGUUACCAAGGAACCAAAACCGCCGCUGGACUCUAUUGAAUGACCCUAGUAAGGCAAAUAACGAGCAGCAAGGUCCUGUGUACCUGCCCAUGACACAGGAAACUGUUCAAUCCUUUGACAACAUAGUAUCGGCUUUCGAGGAAUUUGCUGGGACGGUGCUCCUAACGUUACAUAUGGAAAUACGGUGCCGCAUCCUCCAAUCUCUGGGUGUGGCGCUUUCCCCGAAAACGGCGCCGUAUGUCCUAGGCGAACAAGAGAUAAAGGAGCCGGACCCGCAAAUUCUUUCGCUGAAUGCCGAGCUCAUUGCCUACGAUGAGACUGUCGUACGUUUCCUCCGCGACAGCGAAACGGCAUUCGUGCGGACGGGCCUAGGCCUCCUCGUCAAGUCGUACCUGGUGACCAAUGCAUCUGCUACACAGCCCAUGAAUAUGCGCGGAUGUGAGCGCAUGCAACUCAACAUUCUUGUGUUGCAGCAAAACCUCAAAAAUAUCGAGGCAGGGGUAGACCUCGCGCGGGCAGCGAACUACUUCAGCCUAUUCCAGGAAGGGCCAGAUCGAAUUGUCGAAAAGGCCAAGCGCGACAAGGAGCGCGAGACGUCAGGCGGCGCCACCUUACCGGAGUCGGAACGGUUUACCUACGACGAACUUAGAGCUCUCAUUGAGCUAUGUUUCAGCGAACAGCUGGCGGAUCCCGAGCGGGGGGUUGCUUCAGCUGCUAAGAGACAAAUGGGCGAGAAAAUGCUGGCGUUGAGCGAAUCCAUGUGGCAGAGUUGAGGGGGUUCUAUGUACAUGAGCAUUACGUACGAUGGUAACUAGUCACUAUCUCGUGUGAUCUAGCCUACGUGUAUAAUUACGGUGGGUGGCGGACAUGCCGGAACGAAGGCCUCCCACUUGUACGGAAAGUGUUUUGCCUCCACGGCCCCGAUAUUAUAAGAUUUUUAGGUACGGAAUACUAGACAGCGACAUAUUUGAUUGAUAAUUGCUAUCAUGCUGCUUUGUUUUUGUAGUUGACAAGUAUAUAUAUACAUAUAUAUAUGUCCCUAAGCAUGUUUGUGCAAUAUAACUAUACCUAGGUAUAAAUGAUUCCUUGGACAGGCUGACUGGUCCUUAUGAGUGCCACUUGUCUGCUAAGCAUGAGCCAACC